AUGGGCGUCCAGCGCCGAGGUGAACAUCGCUGCUAUUUCGAGAACAGCCAGCCAGAGCCCAGGGUCUUCCAUUCCAUCUCAGUCCAAGCCAAGUCACCUGCAAGGCCCACCCAAGUCGAGACUCAAAAGUGUCCUCAGCUGAUCCAAGCCCAAACCAGUGCCCUCCAACUAUCCAUUUCUGACUCCAGCGCCAAUCCUAGUCAUCAGGAGGGCUGUCCAUUCCAUCCUACCCUUCUACGGCGAGGUUUGGCCUUGGUCGGCAGUCAAACGUCCAACGUCCAUCGUGGAACUGUCAACCACCUCCGCGGUUCGGAGUUGAGCAAGGAUUCAACCGCACGCUUUGCCUCUUCCCAUCGCUCCUCGUUGUUCAGGAUCGACUCUCGACUAUCACCCCAUCCCCACCGCGAUUGGUGGACCUUUUUCCUUACUCCGCGAAGACUUGCAACUCCGCAGCGCAAACGCGAUCCACGGGCCCGUGCUUGCGUCCGGUCCUACAAACACACAUCCUUCUCCAACCUCGCUGUGCCUUCGCCCCAAAUCGAAGCUCCUCAGUACAAACUUCGAUCUGAACUACGAACAAAGCUUCUUUGA